UCCAUUUACCGGAAGUAGAGAUGUUGUUGCUACCGACGGAUCACAAGCGAAUCACAAAAUCAAUUAAGUUAUGAAAAAUACCUUUAAUUGCCUUUCUUUGUCGCCGCAGCCCAUGAAGAAAUGGCGGAUUUCCAGACGUAGAUCAUUUCAGGGAAAGUACUUUCCAUUAAUUGGGCUUUUUAUCCACGGUAAAACCCGUCUCACUCGACAAGAGCAUUUACGUUUUGUGGAUGAGAAUGAGCUGAUGAUUGCUGCAGUCUGCGAAAAGACGUUGGAAAAAAGAGAGAGGCUGACUGGAAGAUGCCAAGAAAAAAACAACAGAAUCCACAACCAGUCAAGUUGGAUUCUGAAGAUGGUGUAGCCGCUGAAGCUCCAGGAAGCCUCCCCUUAGAUACCGACUUCCUUCUUGGACAAGACCUUGUGUUUGGUGAUUCUGAUCACGACAAGAUUCUAAGCCUGGAAAAGUUUUCAGAAGUGGCUGCUGAAAUCGGGUUCUCUGUGUAUCCUCUGGGUGAUGAGGAGAGUUCUGUCUACACUCAGCUCAGCAUGGAAAGCAAAACAGACAACUUGCGCGAAGCAAUUGGUGACAGGAGAGGAAACGAGGACAGAGCAACCCAAUCCGAGCCAAGUUUCCCUCUCUACCUGUCUUGUCGAGGCUGUGGACAGCUCCGCGAUGAGCCUCUUGGACCGGGCAUAGACCUGGUCGGCCCGUAUUGCCUUAGGUGCUGCAAAGCGGCUAGAGAGGACAAAAGCACAGACUUCUGUUCACCAUUUGAAAGCAGUGGUGGGAUUCGCUCAGGUUCUCAGAGUCAUGCUGACUCACAGCUUGAUUGUGAUGACUUGGACGACGAUGUGAGUGACAAGGAUGAACUGUCUGCUGAGGACAGAUUGUCAAAGCAGCACUCGUGCCACAUUUGUGGCUUCUCCUCGCGUUAUGCCAACCAUGUGAAGCGUCACAUGAAGACCCACAAUGGGGAGAAGCCCUUUAACUGCCCUGUGUGUACUUACGCCUCAGCCCAGCUGGUGAACCUGCAGAGACACCUACGUAUUCACACCGGGGAAAAACCUUACAGUUGUGAGAUCUGUACUUUUGCCUGCAGUUCGCUUGGCAACCUGAAGAGACACCAGCGCAUGCACGCUCCCUCUGCAGGGUUGGGACAGGACGCCCUACUGGGACCUGCAUGUGACCAAAGCAGCCUGAAGAGACCUGUUAGUGGCCAAAGACCGAAUGAGGAUGUGUCUAACACCACAGAGGUUACGAGGCCAACAUCUAACCUCAGUUUGGGAACCCAGAACAGCGACUACCUUUCAGUCUUUGAUGGCUUAAAGGGAGCAUCGCCACCACCCAUACCUGCCUCUAAUCCAGCUCCUGGACACCAGCCUCCACCACUGAUGGAGAUGACUGACAGCAGCAGCAAGACAUCCAGGGGUGGUGUAACAGAAGGUGCUGUCCUUCCACCUUCCCUUUUUCCUUUUACCUGCCGAUUGUGUGGUGUUGUGCUAGAGGAUGAGGAUGGCUCCUCCGCUCAGAUAUGUGCCAAGUGUACUCUUGAAAUGCUGACUAAAGACUCCUCAUCUCCCAGCAGCCCUGGCGAACGCAGUGACAAGGUUUAUACUUGUGCUGCCUGCCCCUUUCUCACACACUACCCAAACCACCUGGCACGCCACAUGAAAACCCACAGCGGCGAGAAACCAUACAAGUGCCCUCAGUGUGACUAUGCCUCAGCGCACUUUGACAACCUCAAGCGCCACCAUAGAGUGCACACGGGAGAGAAACCUUACAAGUGCCAUUUGUGCGAUUACGCUUGUGGGAACUUGGCCAACCUUAAACGACAUCAGCGUGUGCACUCGGGCGCCAAGCCUUUCCAGUGUGCUGUGUGCAGUUACAGCUGCAACCAGAGCAUGAACCUGAAAAGGCACAUGCUUCGGCACACCGGGGAAAAGCCGUACAAAUGUCAGGAGUGCGGCUACACCACCGGCCACUGGGACAACUACAAGAGACAUCAGAAGAAGCACGGCGUGGCCACUGACGGCUGGGUGAAAGUUCCGAUGACUGGAAACGACGCAGAGGAGGACAUGAGGAAGGAGAUAACUAGUGAGGUAGAUGGUCACAAGAAAGAGGCUGGGGUUGAUGUGCAGUAUAUGCCAAGAGAGGGGGGCUACACCACCGGCCACUGGGACAACUACAAGAGACAGAAGAAGCACGGCGUGGCCACUGACGGCUGGGUCAAAGUUCCGAUGACUGGAAACGAUGCAGAGGAGGACGUGAGGAAGGAGAUGGUUGGUGAGAUGGAGAGUCACAGGAAAGAGGUUGGGGUUGACAUGGAGUAUAUGCCAAGAGAGGGGGGUCCUGCCAUGCAUUCAAAUUACAAACUUGAGAUUUCAUAAAUUAUAACUCAGCAAAACAAAGCUACCAGCAACGUUUGUGUUUCUUCUCACUGAGCCUUUGAAUGGAUUUUAUUUGUGUCUUGUCAGUGUUAUGUCCGAGAUCUUCUGAGGCUGCUAAUCGCUUUCGUGUAGACAUGCAAGAAAUUCUUAACAUUUUCCAGGUUAAGUGAGGGGGUUGAUGGGAGUUUGUCCCCCAUACUGUUUAUGUCGAAGUAAAUGGACUUUGCAGAACAUUUUCAGUGUUUCAUGGUUUAAGUUGCAACAUCCUGGAUUUCUUCUAUCACACCACGGGUUUCACUCGGACACUAAACAAGUUUUUGGCAUUUUAGGGUCAGACUGCACCGUGUAGUUUUCACAACUUUAGUACAUUAUUAAGGAAUUUUAUCAGUCUAAUAAAUUUAUGAUCUGACUUUUAAAUAAUUUGUCAUCCCUCUGCUUAUUUUUGGCAAGAUUCCAGACUACUACUUGAAAUAUGUGAAAAUGUAGCUUCAUUUCUGGACUACACAGUGCAGCUUUCAGCAAAGAUGUGUACUUUAGAAGAACUUAUGGUGCUUUAUGUAUGUACAGCGGGUGUUUGACACAUCAGCAUUUUCAUCAGUAAGGUUAUUUCUAAGUGGGCUGUUGACACAUUUACAUCACUUGUGAAGAUCAACUCAAUUGUUUAUUUCAUGGAAAGACAUCUAAACCUUUAAGUCCAUAAAUUAUGUGCAAUAAAGUGAAAAGACACAUGGAAACGUGUUAAACACAAGAUAAGGUGCAAAAUGGCAUAGUAAGUCAGGAGUCAGUAUUGAGACAGAAACCCCACCCCCUAUAAGUAAUAGCUGCUUGGGGCCUAAAAAGGCUUCUCAUUACCCAGGAGGCACACAGGAAAGACAUGUUGGGUAAAAGCAAAGAACUCUCCCAAGAUCUUCAUAAUCUUAUUGAAAAGCAUUCUGAUGGGAAUGGUUAAAGGCAGGUAAAUGUUCCUAUGAGCGCUGUGGAGGUGAGGGCUGGGCGAUAAACCAAAAACCUAUCGUUAUCGAAAUUUCUGACUAACCCAUAUUUUUCCCAUGUCAUAAAAAAUUAAGACGUGUCGGUUGGCGACGUUCAUGGCCCUUUAAGCUGUACCGCUUCAAGUCACAUGACCGUGACAACGUAAUACACAUGACGGCGCCAUCAAGUGGACAACUUUUGUAUUUGCGCAUACAUGUAGUUCUGCAUUUAUCAUUGGAGGUGAACGCCUCAAUAUACAGUGAUAUUGAUUUUAGGCCAUCGCCCAUCCCUAGUGGGGGUCAUUAUCCGGAAAUGGAAAGAGCACCAGUUCACCAUAAACCAGCCAUGAUCCGGUGCUCCACACAAGAUUCUUGUCAGAGGAGUCCAGAGAAUAAUCAGGAGGGUUCCAAGCCAAUAACCACUUAAGCCUAACUUCAGGAAGAUCCUGUAUCAGCAGGUACUGUAGAAAAAAUAAAUAAAUAAAACUAGGCAAUGCACAAAACUGCCAUGGCAUCCAUGUGUGCUCACCAUGUAAGACUUCAUAGCUAAACAAAAAGCACGUUGAGGCUCGGUUAGUUUCCGAAACAGCAUUUAGAGAGGCCUGCAUUACUGGGAGACUAUAGUAUGGUCAGAUUAAACCAAAUUUUAACUUUUUGGCUGUUAUUCUACAUUGUGUUUGGAGAAGAAAUAGCACUGCCCACCACCCCAAGAACACCUUGCCAGCAGUUACGUUUGGGGGUGGAGGCAUCAUGGUGUGGGGCUGCUUUUCAGCAAGGGUACUGGCAGACUUCAUAUUAUUGAAGGCAGGAUGAAUGGAGAAAUGUACCGGGACAGUCUGGAUAUCUGGACCAUAAAGCUGAAAAUGAAAAGAGGGUGGACAUUUCAGCAAGACGAUGAUCCCAAACACAAGGCCAAGGAAACAAUGAAUAGGUUUCAAAGAAAGAUCAGUUGCUUGAAUGGCCCAGUCAAUCACAUGACCUAAAUCCCAUAGAAAAUCUAUGGAGAAAACUGAAGAUCAAAGUUCAUAAAAGGGGCCCAAGGAACCUUUGAGAUUUAAAUACCGUUUGUGUUGGAUGGACCAGAAUCACUCCCGAGCGAUGCAGACGACUGGUCUCUCCAUACAAGAGGUGUCUAGAAGCUGUAAUCACUAACAAAGGAUUUUCUACAAAGUAUGAAAUGAAGUUAGUUCAAUACUUAUUCCUUUUUUCAUUCCACUUUAUCGUGACUCAACUUAAAUGUUCAGAUUUCUUCGUAUGAAUUAAAUAUUUGGCUUGAUGGGUUUCAACAUCUGGUAAAAAAAUUUGUCAACAGCCUACUUAGAAAUACCCUUACUGAUAAAAAGUUAGUUACUUAGUGUCUAAUACUUAUUUUCCCUGCUGUAUAUGAAGUGCUGGGAUCAGUGAGUUAUUUUAUGGACCUAUCACUUAAAUACCUGAAAUGUUUUUAAUUACAUUGCUUCUUGAGGCGCCAAAAUAUUCUAACCAAUAGAAAAUUUUGUCACCUGGUUGCUGUUCAACAUUUUAAGAGUUGUUCAAUUCUUGCCCACGGCUAACUCAGACAAUCAGACUAUGUAUGAAAUUAAUUUGAGAAAACUAGCUGAUUUGUCGGAAUGAUGGAAAAAUAAUGAGAACUCGCUGAAACUAGUAAAUCCAGUCAAUGACUAAAUGAAGUUAGAGGUGGUUAUGAAAUGAAAGAAAGCAUUUUAGCAUUCGGGAGGCCCUUUGGGGUACUUGGGGAGUACGGGGUACCAGGGCGUCUGAUACGGGCUGUUAGGUCCCUGUAUGACCGGUGUCAGAGCUUGGUCCGCAUUGCCGACAUGAAGUCAGUCUUGUUCGCAUUGAAAGUUGGCGUCUGCCCAGGCUGCACAGCCAAGGUGUUGAGGGGAUCUGCUUUGGUGGCCUAAGGCAGUGGUUCCUAACCUGGGGGUCCCGACCCCCACAAGGGGGCGCCAAAGCCUCUCAGUGGGUCGCCAGGACCUCUCCACUUUAAGGGGUUAAAACUUCAUUUAUUACUUGUUUAUAGCCUACAUUUUGCUCACAUUUUUUUUUUCAUGAGUGAAAAGUUUACUAUAUUAAGACAGGAAAUAAUUAGUACAGAAAAAGUAACACACUUAAGAACAUUUUGCUCAGCUCACUGUUUUAUUUUCAAGUGUCAAAAGUUCAUUAAAGAUAGGGCUGGUUGAUUAUUCACAGCCUUUACAGUAAAUAAUCUAGUAUAAACAGUAAUAUACACAUUUAAGUACAUUUUGCUCUGUGUAUUUUUUAUGUGUCAAACGUUUAUUGAAAGGAAUGACUGAUUUAUCAGUGUUUACAAGACACAAUGUGUUCAGAAAAGUAAUACAAACUGUCAAGCACAUUAUGCUCUGUUUGGUUUUGUUAAUGACUUUGUUCUGUACUGGAGCCUACUAGUCUGAAAUGUGGCAACAGGUACAGUAGGUGUUCCAGAGUAGGGAUGUGGUGAAAGUUGUACAUCAGCUAUGAAGGGUGAUUUUUUUAUGAAUUUUUGAAAAAUGACAUAAUUGUAUUGACUGUAUUGGACUGAAUACAAGUUUGCUUUAAUAUCUGAGGAUUUCUACAGUAAAUCUGUUGGUACUGGAAGAGAGAAUGGGAGGGGGUCGUCAAAAAUUUUACUGGUAAAAAACGGGGUCCCUUGGGAAAAAGGUUGGGAACCACUGGCCUAAGGAUUGAAUCUCUGCUUUUUGCAGAUGAUGUGGUCCUGUUGGCUUCAUCAGAAAGUGAUUUCCUGCUUUCGCUGGAGCGGUUCACAGCAGAGUGUGAUGCGGCUGGGAUGAGAGUCAGCUCCUCUAAAUCUGAGACCAUGGUCUUGAUUCAGAAAAGGGUAGAAAGUCUUCUCCAGGUCAGGGAUGAGGUUCUGCCCAAGUGAAGGAGUAAGUAUCUCGGGGUCUUGUUCACAAGUGAGGGAAAUCUGGAGCGUGAGAUCGAUAGGCGGAUUGGUGCUGUAUCUGCAGUGAUGCGGGUGUUGUACCGGUCUGUCGUGGUGAAGAGAGAGCUGAGUCAGAAAGCGAAGCUCUCCAUUUACCGGUCGAUCUACAUUCCUACCCUCACCUAUGGUCAUGAGCUUUGGGUAGUGACUGGGAAGUCUGGGCCUCCCAACUUAGGCUACUGCCCCCCUGACCUGACCCCGGAUAAGCGGCCGCAAAUGGAUGAAUGAAGAAAGCAUUUUAAAUACUCCCAUACUAAUCUAAUAUUUUAGGUUUGGUUUUAUGUUUCCACACCCUGCACAUGCUCUUUUCUUCACUCAGCUAACUUGGCACGGUGGGACGUUGGUUGUGGAUGUUCUCAUUGUGUUAUUGAGUCAAGAUUUAAAAUAUAACAAACCGGCCAUGGUUACGUCAUUUAAGCUUCAGUGUCCAUUGUUGCAAAACACAAUAAGUCAUUUCACUUUGCAGCUCGGCCUUCCUGUUGGAGAUGUUUUCAAGUAGCCAGAUGUUUGUCUCUGACCCUGUCCUCUGAUGUUUUUCAUUUCUCUGCAUCAUGACUUCUUUCACCCAUAUCCUGGAGCAUUGCCAAAACGUGCAACAUUUAUUAUUUUUGCUUCAAUUUGUUUCCACGUUUUUACUGAAAUAUAGAAAAUGAAAAAAUGAUAAACUAGCCCUUACAACAGUUCACAAAGGCCAAUCCCUUCUCAUAUUGGAGUAAAAAUGGUCAGAAUUUUGUGUCAUGGUUUUCUCAUUGGUCCAGAUUAUAAAUAAAUUAUAAAUUAUGCUGAAUGGAGACUUAAUUUAGAAGUUGAAUUAGUCUAGAAAGUAAAAAUGAAGCACAAAAUGUUGGCAGGUUUGGCUUUAAAGUUCAGUUUUUGUGAUUGUGACUCAAAAUGAUCGUUUCUCACAAACUUGUACUCGAACACAUCGAUUUAUUUAGUUUAGUGUAAUAAAUAAAUAGCGUCUUUUUCAAAAAGGCUUUUAAAGGCAGAUCUCUGCUUUGAGUCCAGUUAACAUUUACUGUAAAUUAUUUUGAACUUGAAGAGAUUAAACUAAGUAAGCAUGUGAACCAUUUUUCUUUUCUUAUGUGGCUGUAAUGCACUUGUAGAGGUGCUUUUGCAUUUGAAUGUGUGCUGUUGACAUUUAUUUGCCAUGGUCAGAAAGUAUGAACUGUGAUUUUAAACUAAAAUGUAAACAUGACCCUUUAUAUGUAAGCGAGACAUUUUUCCAGGGAUCGCAAUGGCGCAACGAUCCCAUUAUUUUAGCACGGACAUCCCGUGAGUGGUCAUUUAUGUCUUUAUGCAGUGUCUCAUGAAUGCCUUAAUGAGGACUUUGAAAUAAACACGUGGAAUUCAUGUCCCUGGAUGUCAGACAGCUGACUGCCUGGUAUUUUCAGUCUAAUAUCUUUGUUUAAUGGAAGUUCUCCCUGUAAAGACAUUGAGAUUGAAGAGCAUUAAGAGGCUGCUCAGUCUUGUGCUCGAAGGAAAGAAGGUGAAUAGUUCAUGGGCUUUAAGGGAGUGGUUUGGCUGGCAGAAUAGCAUCAGUUUGCCGAUUUGGAACUUCAUAGGGCAUAAUUUUUCUUCUAAGGUCACAAUCUGCUAAAAGCAGUUUAUUCAUAAAGAAAAAUAAUAUUAAAAAGGAUUAAGUGGUAAAGAAAACAGCAGUAAUUCAGACUAGUCUUUUUCACACCGAAUGCGGGCCAGAAGCCGUACGACUUUUCCACAAACCCAAAACAGAGUCUGGAAAGCUUCUGCAUGGAUCCCCCAAUACGCUACAAGUGCCAGACAGGAAGUGAGACGUAAAACAGCAAUGUACAUCUGAUGUGUUUCAAAAUAAAACAUGUUGAAUUGUU